AUGGACGCCAUGGACGAGUUCCAAGAAGCGGACAUUCUGUGGCCCGACACGGAGGACGAGUUCGCGCCCAUGGACAUGGAGGAGCUGUACGAGGCCGCCGGCUCGGCGUCCAGCGUCGCGUUCGCGCCGGUGUUUGGGCGCCGUUUCGAGGGGUUCUUCCUCUCCGGCGCUGGCCCUGGAGCGAGCCCUGACGCGGACGACGAGGAGUGGCAAGAGGCGGACGUGCUGUGGCCGGACACGGCGGACGAGCGGCGGGGGAGCGGCGGGGGUUUGAUGUGGCCAUUUUCUGGCUCUUCCGGCGGCGGCAGGGCAGACCGGCGCGUGAAGCCUGCCGCCGCUAGGCGCGAUGGGUGGACGACGGGGCCGGCCGCGUCGUCUCCCAUCAACAUACCGGCUAACGUUGCCCUGCGUCGUUCGUAG